UCACAUUCACCUUAGUUGAUAAAGGAGGAAAAAAACGGUAAAAAUGGCCGCUUCCGGUUCUAAAAAGGAAGCAUCCAUCUCAACUGGAGUGGAUCAAGAUGAUCUGACGAUUCCGGUCAUCGACUUCUCAGCCUUUCUCUAUGGGGGUGAGGAAGCCAAGAAAACCACAGCUUCAGCCAUGCUGCAUGCAUUCCGCACGAGCGGUUUUCUUUAUCUAUCCAAUUCAGGAAUUCCACCGUCCACUGUGUCAACGAUCUUCAACCAAUCUGCCAAAUUCUUCAGCCGGCCUACGGAACAAAAAGAUAGUCUCGGAUGGGACCGACCGGAGUCAAAUCGUGGCUAUGUAACAUUUGGCCGAGAGAAAGUGACGGAUUCAGCCGAUCCGGAAGAAAUCAGACGUCUGCGUGAGACCAACCCAGAUUACAAGGAGACCAUGGAGAUUGGCCGAGAAGGGGUUGAAGGGAUGCCUAACCAAUGGCCAGACAAGUUUGACGAGGAAGGAAAGGAGUUUACUAGUAUUAUGAAGACGUUUUUUGAUACCUGCAAGGACUUGCAUGUUGAGGUCAUGCGAGCAAUUGCUUUGGGGCUGGGCUACGCGGAUAGCUUUUUUGACGAAUACACUGUUGUGGGAGAUAAUACUUUACGUCUGCUUCAUUACCCACCAGUGCUUAAAUCAGUAUUCGCAGAAAACCCAAACGCAGUCAGGGCCGGCCCUCAUUCUGACUACGGGUCAAUUACGCUGUUGUUUCAGGAUGACAUUGGCGGUUUAGAGGUUAAGUCGCCCAAAGGUACAUGGGUACGCGCGACACCGAUCAAGGAUACAAUAGUGAUCAAUGCGGGUGAUCUUCUCGCAAGAUGGAGCAACGAUACUAUCAAGAGCACCAACCAUCGGGUAGUACAGCCUCCAUAUGAAAGUGAUAGCGAUAUGUAUCCCCGACGAUAUAGUGUGGCCUAUUUCUGCAAUCCAGAUUUCGACAAAUUUAUCGAGGCUCUUCCGGGAACAUACAAGGCCGAAACCGACAAAAAGUAUAAGGGAAUCAACAGUGGCGAAUACCUAGCCAUGCGCCUGGCUGCUACAUACUGAACCUUUGAACACCCAAUCAUUGAUGUGUUCUUAAUGAAAAAUAUAUUAAAGAUAAAAUGGCAUUUCUUAAUGAGGAUGAUUUAACCAUAC